AUGCUCCUGUGGCCAGGAGCUGCGCGGCGGCUCCGGCGCGGGCGGCGGUCCCGUCCGUGGGGCGGCUCUGCGGGCCGGCAGCCAGCCGGGCCCUGCUCCAGGGGCCCUUCCGGGGGUGCGGGGCUGGCCACCGAGGCCCGGCGCACGUUGCCGACGGGGCUGCUGGGUUCUUUGCAGAGCUGCUUUGCUUGCGGCGAACGAGGAGCCGCAAUUAACUGCCAGGGGAAGGGCUGCAACCGCAGCUUCCACCUCCCCUGCGCCUCUGGGAAUGGCUGCGUAACCCAGUUUUUCAGGGCAUUCAGGUCCUUCUGCUCAGAGCACCGCCCGGAGCAGGCGGUGGCAGCACGUCCGGAUGCAGACACCAACUGCAUCAUCUGCAUGGAGCAGCUGGACCAAACCCUCUCCUUUGGCACCAUGGUGUGCCCAGCUUGCCGGGCGGCCUGGUUUCACCGGGGAUGCAUCCAGGGACAGGCCAUCAGCGCCGGCCGGGAAUGCUUCCGGUGCCCCCAGUGCAAGAACAAAAGGAGAUUUUUACCUGAAAUGUUAAAAAUGGGGAUUCUAGUCCCAUUCAGAACGCCCGCCUGGGAGGAGGAAGGGCGUUAUGAAGAGCUCUAUGAGAGGCACAACCAGUGCGACGCUGGCCGGUGCCUGUACCGGCAAGGCAGGGAGCGGGCGGAGGAAAGCGGGCCAUGGGAGCUGCUCUUAUGCUCCUCAUGCGCGUCCAAAGGGACGCACCGACGCUGCUCUGCUCUACCACCGGCCACGGAAUCCUGGGAGUGCGACGGGUGUGCUGGCGUGGGCCCUGCCCCCAGCGCGCAGCCAGAGCCAUCCGGCUCCAACACUAGCAGCGAGCCGGGAGCGGGGGCGUCCUCCAGCCCUGUACCAGUCUCCACCGGCUCGGAGCCGGACCUGGCAAGCUCGAGCACCAGCAGCCAGGAUGGGCCGACAUCAUCCUCUGGCUCUGCAACAUCGUCCAGCUCAGAGUCAGACCUGGCAAGCACCAGCACCAGCAGCCAGGAUGAAGCGGAGGCAUCUUCCGGCUCCGCGGCUCCUGAGAGCAGCCCCCAGGCAGGAGAGCCAGGGCCAGAGCGACGGCCAGGACGCUCCCGUUUAUACCGCCGGUCACAACAUCCCUACAGCCGGCGCUAA